AUGCAUGUAAUAUUGUUUGUGUAUUUAAAAAAAAAAAAAUGCAUCUGGUGUCUUUCUCUCGUUUCUGUAGCAAGCAUUAAGGCAAAGGAACAGGCUGCUCUUUCUGGUAAGCUGAGGGUAUGCUGUCCUCAUGUUGAUGACCUGCAGUACACAAUAUGUGGUGUUUUGGACUAAUUAAAGGAGCAGUAAUGGCUAAAUAGAAAGUGGCGUGUAUAACUAACCACUUUAUAUUUACAAAAGCUAUGAAAGUAUUUAAUUUUUCUCCCUGCAAGUUUAUUCGGGCGGACCUGUCAUGGGUGGUGCUAUGGAAUAUUACAUUGUUUUGAAAAUGUUAAAAAUAAAAUUAAAAAAAAUCCUUACCAGUUUGCAGCUUUAAUACUACACGAGCUAAAUAUGUAAGAUGCAUCUUUCUGAUCUAUCCCUCACAUCUUUUUUGAAAAUAAUUUCAGAGAGGAUAAUCUGAAAAUUCAGUGCUAGCCUCAUUACCUAGCACAGCACAAUUUGAAUACAGAAAAACACUGAAGUGCCCAAUUUUUCAGUGUGCCCAUGUUGCGCUUGUAUAGUUUGAUGUAAUCUGACUAAUUAAAGUGUAGAGAGAGAGGCCAAAAAAAGAUACUUAUUUGCAUUGUUUGCCUCCCUCCCCUGUCUGUAGAACUAGAUUUAAUAAAAAAAUAAAAAUAAAAAAAAACACACACAAAACAUACUUUUUAAUUAUUUAUUACAAAAUUCAAUAAUAUCAACCAUUAGAGGUCCAUAUUAAUUAUAUAGUUGUUGGUAAAAUGUUAGCCGCGUUUAUUCUAGUAUCAUGAAGCUAUGGUAAAUAUGACCCAUAUAUUGAAGCAAACAGAAAUAGCUUACAGUAGCUAAGUGCUGCUGUAGAAGAUCACGUGCCUUGCAAUAAAGCUUGUUACCAUAUUUGGUUGUCUAGAGUGACUAAUCAUGAUUGUGAGCCUUGGGCGAAACAUAUAUUGUUGAAGAUAUAUAGAUGCCAUGGAUGUUCAUGUUUUAUAUGUAACAUUAAAAACCACAGUGGCAGUUUAAAGAGGAGGCAGGAUUUGUGUAGUUUUCCUGUCUUCACUUUUGUUCUGCCAAGUGUUGUGAUUUUAAAAGAAAACACUGCUCCAUAAUUAUGUCUCAACAGAUAACGAGUUAGAGCGCCUUCUGAAUAGGGUCCGUGAAGUAGCUCAGAAAGAUGGAGGUGCCUGGCUGACUGAGAUCUUAGAUGGUGCCAAAACUAGUCAAAAGGGACCCGAUAUAUGUGACACUACUAUGAAGGAGCAAGAAGUGAUGAGGGAGAAGGACUGUUCAAAUUUGGAGUCAAUUUCUGAACCAAGUCAAGGCCAAAUAACAUUGGACCAGCAAGAUCAUUCUCCGACUCUGGCUACCAAGAGAAAGCAUUCUCCAUGCCGAGGCACAGAUGCUAAACGCAUUGCCUUAGUUGAAACAGAGUCAUUGGAUGGUACUUCCCAGGAGGGGGAAAUUGAACAAGCUGCAGGCUCAUUAAGUGCCAUCCUGGAGAGUGCUGAGGAUGCCACAUCAUCUGUAAAAGAUGGUCUCCGGUGUGUAAGUCCAAGUGCCACUUCACUAGCACUAAUUGAGUGUUCUGAUGUGUCUACAGUUACAUCCACAGAAUGUGAUCUGGAAGAGCAGGUCCGUGUUUUCCCCUUCAAUGAAGAUGACUCUGCACAUCAUGCUGCAGAAGUAACACAGAAGACUGAAUUAGUACAGGGUGUAUCUGGAACCGGAUCUCCCACUUUGAAAGAAACCUCUUCCUUAGAGGAGAAGCCACUGGUUCAGGUGCCACGCAAGGAGGGAAGUUUAAAUUGUCCUCCGGUUUCUGUGUAUAUUGUUGGGGACUCCAUUGUAUGUGAUGCACAGAUACAUGCUGAGGAGCAGUCAUAUGGAACAAAUUUAGGGUUUUAUCCAGAGGUUGCUAAUGUUCAUUGGCAGGGGACAAAAAAUCUCUUGGGAACUGACAUAUUGACUGAAUGUGUGAAGAUUCAUAAGGUAGUUGGUCCAGUUGUCCUCUUGGUUCAUGCAGGGGGUAAUGAUCUGGGUAAUAUAAGUGCAGUGAAUAUAAUUUCCUUCUUAAAGAAUGCUCUGUCUGAAUGUUUGUCCAUGCACCCUAACUUAGUUUUAGUUUGGUCUGAAAUAAUUCCCAGUCAGGAAUGGCCUGAUAGCCGGUGUAAAAAAGCCAUGGAGAGGUGUCGGAGAAAGGUUAAUAUGAAUGUGUCAAGGCAUGUAACUACAGUUGGUGGGCUUGUUAUACGGCAUCGAGAUUUAGAAUGUGAGAAUGCUGCUUUUCUUCAAGAAGAUGGUAUUCACCUGAAUGGAUGUGGGCUUGACAUCUUGAACUUAGGUUUCCAGACAAUUAUUGAAAAAGCAAUCACAUUAUUGAUGGAGAGAUUGAAGUAA